UGGGCGGCUCCUUGGCUCUUCAGGGCAGCCAAAGAGGCGCAGCUGGGAAGCCACCGCCUCUAUGCAGAACAAACAGUUAAAGAUUUUGGGCAGCGCCUUGUGGGGGGAGGAGCCAGGGCCCCAAUCCACAAUUAAAGAUGAACUUUGGGUGAACUAAUUUAUCUGACCAAGGUAAAGUGGAGAAGCUUAUAAAGCCCGCGGCGAGGCUCAUACCACGCUCUUUCACAGGCGCAGGUAGAGACACCGCACAGAUGGGUUUCUCCGCCCUAUUGGCGAGCGCGCUGUGCACCUUCGUGCUGCCGCUGCUGCUCUUUCUGGCCGCGGUCAAGCUCUGGAACCUGUACUGUUUGAGCACCCGCGACCACAGCUGCCCGCUCCCGUUACCCCCGGGGACUAUGGGGCUGCCCUUCUUCGGAGAGACGCUGCAGAUGGUAUUGCAGCGGAGGAAGUUUUUGCAGAUGAAACGUAAAAAGUACGGCUUUAUCUAUAAGACUCAUCUCUUCGGGCGACCCACGGUUCGAGUCAUGGGCGCAGAAAACGUGAGGCAGAUACUUCUGGGGGAACACCGUCUUGUGUCUGUGCACUGGCCCGCCUCCGUCAGGACCAUCCUGGGCUCCGGUUGCCUCUCCAGCCUCCACGAUUCCUUGCACAAGAAGCGCAAAAAGUUGAUCAUGCAGGCUUUCAACCGGGAGGCGUUGCAGUACUAUGUGCCAGUAAUGGUCGAAGAAAUAAGAAAUGCUUUGGAAAGGUGGCUCCAAUGCGGCGCCAGCGGCCUCCUGGUCUACCCCGAGGUGAAGCGCCUCAUGUUCCGAAUCUCCAUGCGCAUCUUACUGGGCUGCCAGUCGGACGAUGCAACUGGCGGGGAGAACGAGAGGGAAUUGGUGGAAGCUUUUGAGGAGAUGAUCCGUAACCUGUUUUCCCUGCCCAUCGAUGUGCCCUUCAGCGGACUUUACCGGGGCGUGAAGGCGAGGAACCUCAUCCACGCGCGCAUCGAAGAGAACAUUCGUUCCAAACUGAGAGGACAACGGGAACCUGAAGCUGGGGACUUUCGGGUCAAAGACGCCUUGCAGCUGCUCAUCGAGCACACGCAGGAGAAUGGCGAGAGGCUAAAUAUGCAGGAACUAAAGCAGGCUUCAACUGAACUUCUCUUUGGAGGGCAUGAGACUACUGCAAGUGCUGCCACUUCUCUGAUCACUUAUCUAGGACUCCAUCACCACGUGCUUCAGAAAGUGAGAGAAGAGUUAAAAAGUAAGGGUUUACUUUGCAAAAGCAGCCAAGAUGAAAAACUGGACAUUGACAUUCUGGAACAACUUAAAUACAUAGGGUGUGUUAUUAAGGAAACUCUCAGACUGAAUCCUCCUGUGCCAGGGGGCUUUCGUGUCGCUCUCAAGACUUUUGAAUUAAAUGGAUACCAGAUUCCCAAAGGUUGGAACGUUAUCUAUAGUAUCUGUGAUACCCAUGAUGUUGCAGACAUUUUCACCAACAAGGAAGAAUUUAACCCUGACCGAUUUCUGUUGCCUUAUCCUGAGGAUUCUUCCAGAUUCAGUUUCAUUCCAUUUGGAGGGGGCCUCCGGAGCUGUGUAGGCAAAGAGUUUGCAAAAAUUCUUCUCAAAAUAUUUAUAGUAGAGUUGGCCAGGCAUUGUGAUUGGCAACUUUUAAAUGGACCUCCUACUAUGAAAACUAGUCCUACUGUGUACCCAGUGGAUAAUCUCCCUACAAAAUUUAUUCAUUUCAUGGGUGAAAUGUAGUUAGUACAAACUCUAGAGAACUUAGGAAUUAUUUGAAGUCUACAUAAAACUUUUUAUGAUGUCCUCUGUUGAUUAAUAUUAUAUUUAAUUUGUAAAUAUAUGUUACAUAGUUAUUUAUAAUGCUUGUAAAGUGUUUCUUUUUCAUUCUAAAUACCAUGGCUACAUUUUUUAAAGUCCUAAAAUGAUGAAUUUGUAUAAUUCCUAAUUAAGAUAAUUUUCUGAAAGUGGCAGGGUUUUUAAAAAUAUAUUUAAAAAUCUUAUUGGAUAGUUUAUCAAGUGAAUAUUUGAGAGCUUAUGUUUUGUGUUCACUGUGUCUUUAUUUCUAAUUGUAUACAUGUUUAUUUUGGUCAUUGAUACAUGUAUUUUCUGUGAAAAAUGUGAUUCCGUGAAUGUGUAUGUAUGAGAGAGAAACAGUAAAAACAAAUAAAUAAAUAAAUAGUAUUUUAGUCUAAAGACAAUUCUGUUGUUGGUAAUUACUUUUGCAGUAAUGGUUCCCCUAAAUGGGAUUUUUAUUUCUUCUAAAUGAGUAUCAUUUCAGAUUUGGUAGAGAAAGACCAAACUGAAAACCUUUGGAAAAUCAUUGCUAUAACUCAUUAUCUAAGCAAGUUGAGCCAGUAUUGCAUGCCGAUUUCGCAAGUAGAAUAGAUAAUAUUGUCCAAUAAAGUAGAUCUGCCAGAAACACAUUUUUUUUGAAGUUGAGGUUCUAGUAUACUAGAAAUUUACUUUUCAUGUUAAGA